AUGCGCAGGGUUCCAGCGAUUUUUGCGCUGCGCGCCGUGCUGCCACGCGGGAGCUGGUGGGACCUGCAGCAGCUGGCUGGACGGAAGGCAGCACGCGGGAAAUGGGCCAAUGGUAGCAGCAACGAGGAUAACAGCAGCGGUGGGGAUAACAAAGGGAGUGAGAAUGGGAGCGCGGAAGGGGAUUCGGCUCCUGGCGAGCUGUGGGACGCCAUUCGCAAGCUCUGGCGGUUCUGCGCGCCCAACAGGACCAUGCUCGUCCUCGCUGCCCUCUGCCUCGCCCUCGCCGCUGUCAGUCCCUGCUCCUCCUCCCUCACUUCCCUCCCCUCACUUCCCCUCCCCUCACUUCCCCUCCCCUCCCCUCCCCUCCCCUCACUUCUCCCCUUUCUCACCCCCGCAGCCCCCGCUUCCCCCGCCUUUCUCUCUGCCCGCCACCAGCUAUCAGAGGUGGCCAUGCCGCACUACCUAGCGGCGGCCAUAUUCGCCGCGUCCAACGGGCUCACGGACGAGUUCAACAGCAACGUGCGCCUCCUCAUCGCCAUGACGCUCGCCUGCGGGCUCUUCAGUGGUCUGAGGGCCGCCCUUUUCACCAUCUUCAACGUUCAAAUGAUGCGGCGAAUGCGGCUGGCGCUAUACGAGACGCUCAUCCGGCAGGACAUUGCCUUCUUUGACGGCCAGUCGGUGGGCGACCUCACAUCCCGCCUCGGCUCCGACUGCCAGGCUGCGGGGUACACAAUGGGCAGCGACCUCAACAUCGUGCUGCGCCACUCGCUGCUGGGCAUAGGAACGUUUGUGUUCCUCGUUCGGCUGAGCUGGCAGAUGGCUCUGAUGGCUGCUGCUCUCUGUGGAGUCAUGUGGUAUUUGCUCGUCGUCUAUGGCAACUUCUCCCGACUGAGCUCCAUGGUGUUACAGGACAAUGAGGCAGCAGCCAAUGAGGUAGCAGAGGAGACGGUGUCUCUCGUUCGAGUGGUGCGGACGUUUGGCACGGAGAGCGAGGAGGUGAAGAGGUACGACGAGCCGCUCAAGAGGCUAGUGGAGGUGGGGCUGCGGCGGAGUGUGGCCAACGGGUUGUGGACGUGCGCUGACAACAUUGUCUAUAACGCCUCCAUGGUGCAUGGUGGAGCAGGUGCAUGGUGGGCCACUCUAAUGGACUCUAUUGGCGCCUGCCACCGCGUGUUCCAGCUGCUGGACCUGCCAAAUCCGGAGCAGCUCAAUAAAGGCCAUGGCCGAGUGCUGCCGUCGCUGAGCGGCAAGCUGGAGUUCCGCAAUCUCUCCUUCCGCUACCCCACCCGCCCUGAGGCACUGGUGCUGGAGGGUGUAAACCUGACCAUCCAUGCAGGAGAGCUGUUGGCACUGGUGGGGCACAACAGCAGCACGGGAAAGCGGACUCACGUCACUCCCCUUUCCCCUCUCCCCUCUUUCCGAUUCCCUGCGGGCACUGGUGCUGGAGGAUAUAAACCUGACCAUCCAACCAGGCGAGCUGGUGGCGCUGGUGGGGCACAACGGCAGUGGCAAGAGCACCCUCCUCAGGCUGCUGCAGCGCCUCUACGAGCCCUCAGAGGGGCAGGUGAGAUGGGCGGCAGAGAUGUGGCAUCCAACAUUGCAUACGGAAGCAGCAAGGAACUUUCUCGAGAGGACAUUAUCCGGGCAGCUACCCAGGCCAACGCGCAUCAAUUUAUUUCCGAGCUGCCCGAGGGUUACGACACAGUGGUGGACAACGCCCGGUUGAGCGGCGGGCAGAAGCAAAGGAUUGCGAUUGCUCGGGCUUUAGUGCGCGAUCCCACUUUGCUGUUCCUGGAUGAAGCCACAAGUGCCCUAGAUGCUGAGAGUGAGCACUACGUGCAGAUGGCAUUGAACCAAGUCAUUCAUGAUGACUCCCAUGCUAGUGGGGGCAGAAGGCGAACCAGAGUGGUCAUUGCACAUCGGCUAUCCACCAUCCGUUCUGCGGAUAGAAUAGUGGUUGUGUCUCAUGGGAAGAUCAUCGAGCUUCGCGACGAAGUGACUUUUGCUCAUCCAGUAGACGGAAUUCAGAGACAGAGAAGGAAGGAGCAGGAGGGAACUGUUGACAUGAACUUGGGUAGGGUCUACGGUUCCGCUUUCCCUGCUCAGCUGCACAUGGAGCGGCAAAUACUUUCCAAAUUCAAGAGGUUGCCCGGUCUGCCAUCAUCCCACCUGGGCCUGCAUUCAAUGAUGGGUACUCUUGAUGAGCUCGCAGUGGAAGAUGUGGUUGCACGCCUGCUGAGAGCUGCUAGUACUCGUACUAAUAGUAGCAACCGCUGUCUCGCCAACAGCAUGGACUCGCCUCAGCUUCUGCUGCACCCACCAACCAAGGCUACUGAUCCGGACGAACGGCUCUUGCCACGUGGCAUCACCGAAGCGGCCGUCAUCAGUAUCGACCAAUCGCCGCAGGCGGACCUUGCGCGGGUGAUCCAAGGCGCACUGACUGGCCUCCCCGUGCUGCCCUCGUUCCGCGCGGAAGACUGGGACCUGGAGCAGGGGGAGCCGCGUGAGGCGCAGGGCGCAAGCGGGGAAGAACCCGCGGGGGAUCGGUCAGGCGCGGUAGCAGGCGUCGGCGAUAUAGGCAGCCUUGGGAUUGACGCGCUUUCCGCAGCAGCGAGAGCAGGCUCAGAUGCUGCACGGGGAAGAGAGGAGGACGACGCGGGGAACAGAGAAACGGGUCGCGAGGGGAGACAGGAGGCCGAAGUUGAGAUUGUCGGGGCGAGUAGAGAACGAGGCGAUAACGAAGAGCACUCGCCAAGUGAUGAGGAAGGGAGCAGUUCAGGGGAGGACGACGUCGAGCUAAGUCAUUCCGACACCACGGACCCGUCGUGCACCUCAGACCCAGUCUCCACAUGCUCAUCCGCGGCAAUCAUAGCGUGCUUUGUGCACGGGGCGGACCGGCCGCUGUGGCCCUUCUGCGUGGACGCGCGGCGGCUGUGGUGGUACUGGCGCGCGCUGCUGCUGCUGCUGGUGGCGGUGGUGCUGUACGGCGCGUCGCUGGGCAUGGCGUGGCUGGGCAAGAUCGGGGACGCGCUGCUCGUGCCCUGCCCCGUCUGGCCCACCUCUGGCCUCGCGCUCUACGCUGUGCUCGUGUUCGGCAUGGGCACAUGGCCAGGCAUAUUCCUGGGCGGCGCACUCCUCGUGUACACUGGGGCCGCAUGGCACCUCGCUGAACACCUCUCCACCCUGCAGAUCGCCCUCGCAUCCCUCACAAUCGCAGCCUUCCUCACAGCGUCCGUGCUCUGCCUCUCCUUCCUCACACGCGUGUUGCACCGCCUACGCCCCCACGACCUCACCCCUCUGGACCGAGUGAAAGACAUCUUCCUCUUCGCCCUCUUCUCCUUCUUGGUCUCUCUGCUCUUUGAAGGGGUUGUUGCUGUCCUAGUCAGCGCAUGGGAUGCUGACCUGGCGGGUGACAGCGUGGCAGUGGCAGCAGGGCUGCGCACGCUAGGGACGUUCACGGGGAUCAUGCUGACGGUGCCGCUGCUCCUGCAGCUCACCGCCUCCUGCCUGUGCUGCUGCGCCCGGCAGCCCAGCCAGGAGGGGAAGGAAGGGAAAGAGGGGCAGGAGGGGAAGCAGGGACAGGAGCGGGAGGAGGGGCAGGAAGAGGAGGAGGGGCUGGGCGCCGUUGAAUCGCCUCGCAUCCGGGACACCCUUGCCUCCCUGCGCUUCUGGGAGUUCAUCUUUCUGUUGCUUCUAAACGCUGCCACGGCUUGUCUUAUCUUCUCCACACCUGCAGCCCCCAGUACUUCCUCCUCCACCACCACUGCUGUCCCUGCUGCUACUACUGCCACUGCCGCCCUCCCGUAUCUUCUCUUCCCGGGGGUCCUCUGGGCGUGCAUUCGCUUCCACCGCAAGGGCUCGGGGCUCGUACUCGUUAUAGUCGUCCUCAUUGUGUGCUUCUGCACGGCGCAGGGGCGUGGGCCGCUGGUGAGGGAUUCCGCGAGUGGGACGGUGCUGCAGGUGCAGGUGCUGGUGCUGGUGCUGAGCUUGGGCGCUGUGCUGCUGGCAGCCGCUGUGAGAGACACCAGGCGCCUGCGAGAGGGGCUGAGGCAGCUCAACCUUUCUCUAGAAGGGGAGGUGGCGAGACGGACCGAGCAGAUGCAGGCAGUCAAUGAGGUGAGAAUGAGGUGGCAAAGGGGGGAGGAGGAGGAGUUGAGGCGAGCAGCUCUGAAGCUGGGCGAUCUGAAGAGGUCCAAGGAGGAGUUGGAGGAGGCAGGGCGGGCCAAGACAGAGUUCCUGGCCAACAUGAGCCAUGAGAUCCGCAUCAUCGGCAUGACAAUCCUGCCCCUCGCGCUCUCAUAUACUCCACCUCCCUCCCUCCCUUCCAUUCUCAACACUCCCGCUUCAAACUCUUCCCCCCUCUCUCCCCCAUUCUGCCCUGCCCUCCACGCCCCUAUCACCUGCCACACCAGCACGCCCAUCCACGGCAUCAUCGGCAUGACAGCACUGGCUCUAGACGCCCUCGAGUCACUCCACGAUCCCCACGACCCCCACGACCUCGCCACUCACCCUUCCGCUGACGCACUGGCGCUGCGGAACGAUCUGACGGUGGAGCUGCACGAGCAUCUGACGGUCGUGGCGCAGUCUGCGGAUUGCCUGCUGAACAUCGCCAACACCGUUUUGGACCUGGCGAGGAUAGAAGCGGGGCAGCUGGCGCUGGAUAAAGUGCCCUUUGCGCUGAGAGAUGUGGUGGGGUCCACCAUGCGCAUGCUGCAAGUGCGCGCGGAGCAGAAGCAGCUGCUGUUCUCAUGGCAGGUGGCAGAGGGCGUGCCGCACACAUUGGUGGGGGACCCAGGCAGGCUGCAGCAGUGCAUCAUCAACCUGGCACGUGCACGUGAGGUGCCAGCUUACUCACCAUCUACCACUUUUUUUCUACCACCCCUUUGUCCUGGGCCAGAGAAGGUGGGUGAGGGGUUUGGGAGAGAGGAGGGCAGAGGGGAAGGGAGCAGGAGGGAGGGAGGGAGGAGUGUGAGUGAAUUCAAUAGUGGUAGAAGCGAUGCUGCUUGGUAUUCAGACUCUUCUGCUCGUCCAAUAGCUAGAGCGACUCAUGCAAGCUUGGUUAGGUCCGAGAGUGACCAGGCCAAGCUGUUUGGCCCGGGUGGGAGGAGUGGGAGGAGACGACCGGGCGCACACGAGCAAAGUAGCGAUAGGGUGGGGAUGCCUCAGAGUGGUUGGUCAGACACUGGUGAUUCAGACACGAGUGACAGGGACGCUGCUGCGAGGGCUAGACAGACUCUGGACUCCUUUCGAGCCCAGCUGCUCUCUGCCAGCCAGCAGUCAGAGGGCUCCUCUCUUCCCACUGCAGAGCGGCCCCUGUUGGGCCCCAACUACCAGGAACGCGGGGAUUCAAGCUCAGGGGGGGAAGAGGCGUUGGGGGGUGCGAUGAGAGCGAGAGGCAUGCCGCGAUCUGCCACUGAAGGCUCACCUGGGGGGUCUGGGGUGGUGGGUUCUGCCCGGAAGGGCGGGUCUGGGGUGCUGGGCUCUGCACUAAAGGGGGGAACUGGUACCGGUGGCGCUGCUGGUGGUAGUGGUGGUAGUGGUGGUGGUGGUUCUGGUGGGUCAGGGGGCUUUCCCAGAGGGGUUUCACUCAGUGCGUCUCGAUCCGGGUCGAGGAGUGUGUCAAGAAAAGGGUCGAGAGCCAACCUUGCUGUGUGGUUUGCUGAUGCUGCUGAUGGGGGCAGUGAGGCAGAGAGACACGCAGCAGGUGGGCCCUCUGCUGCAGCAGCACCUGAAAAUUCACCUGAGGAGAUGGCAGGUGUUGUGUGCCUGAGGUCAGGCGACCGGGAAGGAGCAGGGGAGGGGCGAGGAGAGGGUGAGGGCACGGGGAAUCUGGGGAGAAAAGGGAGCAAAGGGUCAGGAGCAUUCAAGUCGAGCGCAGAGCUGCAGUGGUCGGACCUUGGCAGUACAUUUGUGAGGAGGGAGGGCGCAGAGGCUGGAAGCAAGGCAGCAGCAGGGAAGAAGGUCCGAAGCCCCCCUCUCUCCUCAAAGGUCUCUGAGGAUGCAAGCUCGGGAGGCCGAGUGGGGGAGCGAAUGGGGUUUUCCAUCGGUACUGCGGCAGCGGGGGGGUCUCAGGCGGUGCCUGCACUAGUUGCAGCCUUCCCCCGGGCUGUUUCAGGGGGGUUUCAGGACAAGCCUGCGGCGAACAUUUUCAGCAUGGGAUCUCUAAAGAGUCAACCCAGCAAUGCCUCUUCUGUCUUCAGCCGCAGCAGCAGCACCCGCUCCCGUGCCUUCCCCCCAGACUCUCUCGUUGCUGCCUCCGAGCCUGCUAUGUACCCCACUGCCUUGGACUCGUCUUUGAUUAUCCCUGCAUCUGACCCUGCUCUAAGAAGCCGGCUAGACCACACUUACCUAAGUGUCAGUGGGAGCGCUGGUGCGAGGGUAGGCAUGAGUGGGCGGAUGGGGGGGGAAGCGGCCGCACGGCCGAUCAGCAGAGGGGGGUUGGGGAGGAGCAGAAGGAGGAGGGGCAGCGGGCGGGAGGGGGAGAUGGUGGGAUCGAGUAUGGGCUCUGGCAUGUGGGGCAUGUUGAGCAGGAGAAUGGACAGCGGUUGGUCUGGUCAAAGCGGGGAGUCUGGGAGGAGAGCAGGUGGGUCGGGGAGGGGGGUCGGAAGAGGGGGAGGCAGAGAGGAGGAGCAAGUGGAAGGGGAAGUGGAAGAGGAGGAGGAGAAGGAGGUGUGGAUGCUGGUAUCGGUGAAGGACACGGGGAUUGGCAUCAGUGCAGAGAAGCAGGGGAAGAUUUUCCACAACUUCGUGCAGGCGGACACAUCGUACACGCGCGACUAUGGGGGAAUAGCCUUCCCCCCUGCCCCUCCCUGCCUUUCCCUGCUCUUCCUCCGUGCCUUACCCGUUUCAUCACCAGCACCCCAUUGCUUCCCCCCCUGGCCCCACAUAGUCUGUCUGGUGCACAUGAUGGGGGGAGAGGUGUGGGUGGAGAGCGACCUGGGCAAGGGCUCCACAUUCUUCUUCACAGCCCGCCUCGACACCGCCCCUCCCGGCACCACCACUCCCACACACCCCCCCCAGGCCUUCGACCCAUCUGCUCCUCCUUCUCUCGCCGCCUCCUCCUCUCUCUAUGCGCUUUCUUCUGAACUUCCCCCGGGGUUUCCCCUCGCUGGAUACGGGGCUGAAAUCGCUCGGUUUGACUCUUCUAUGAGCAUGUCGGAUCACGGGGCUUAUAACGAGUAUGUUUCAUUACAAGGAGGAGCCUCAGCAGAACACACACCUGCUCGCUCGGUGUAUGCAUCAGCUCGAUCGGGGUACACUACGGAGUUCGCCACCGCUCCUCAGUCCCCUCUAGAUUCCUCCCCUGAAAGCCCCCCUCUCGUCCCUGCAUUGCCUCCCUCUCACUACCCGAGUGCGCACUACCCCAGUGCCAGCCCUGCCACCAUGCCUCUUCCUCUCUCCCUCUCCUCUGAUUCUACCCAAUCUGCACCCCCUUUUGCUGCUGCUGCUGCUGCUCCUGCUGCUGCUGGAGCGAUUGCUUCUUCUUCUCCCGUCCCUGCUGCUGCUCCCUCUGCUGCGUCGUCUCCAGCAAUCCACUCUUCAAACCACACUCCACCCCCACGCACCCCUCGCUCCCUCCUCCGCAUUCAGCCCCCCGCGCCCCUGCUCUCAGCAGCCUCUCUUCCCGCUGCCAGUGCCAGGGCAGGGGGGAGGUUGCGAGGAGAGGAGGGGGAGAGUGAUGAUGGUGCAAGGAGCGGAGGGGAGAGUGGGCAAGGAAGUGCAGGCGGGAAGGGGGGGCUGUUCAUCCCUCCCUCCGUCACACUCCCUUCCACCCUCUCCAUCCCCAGCCCUCGCCCCUUCCCAACCUCCACCUCCGAAGGCCGGCCCCCUUCAGCAUGUUCGGCGUACUUCUCAGGCCCGGUGUUAGGCUCGGGAGGAAGACCAGCAGCCACAGUGCGCCCGAGCCUGCAAACCAUACCUGCGGACGCGUCAUCCCCGAGCCUGCCUUCUCCGAAGCUGCUAUCACCAACGUGGUGGCACUCAAAUAAGCUGCCGUCGCCCACAGGGAGCAGAGAGGGCGCAGGCGCACAUGGCGCAACCCCCCCUGCUGGAUUCGCAGGGGCACAUGGUGCAACCCCCCCUGCUGGCUUUGCUGCUGCGCCUCUCUCCACGCCCUCCCCCCGUGGCCGCCGCAUCUGGAGGGAUUUAGAGGACCCCUCUCCCCGUGCUGCCGCUGCCUUUGCCGCUGCUCCCUUCUCCCCACGGACUCCGAGAGGGUGGGGGGUGGCCAGGGGGCACAGGGUUGCAGGGAGUGGCGGGUGGGGGGGCAGCGGAGGGGAGAGUGGGGGAGGCAGUGGGGGAGGCAGUGGGGGAGGCAGUGGGGGAGGCAGUGGGGGAGGCAGUGGGGGAGGGAGUGGGGGAGGGAGUGGGGGAGGCAGUAGGGGAGGCAGCUUUGGGGGGAGUGUGCCGGGGAUAAGGGCCUCUUCUCCCGAGCCUGCGCAACCAGGCUCGGCAGCGUCCACCGGAGUCAUGCAGCUGAUAGACGAUUGGGGCUUUCUUGCACCCGGACCUGCCACGGCAGUUCGGGCUGAGGGUGCAAACUUUUCUCCGGCUGCCCGACCGCUGGUUGCGGCAUUACCUGCCCGGCGGGGGCAUGCAAGCCACAUCAGCAUGGAUGAAAGGUCGACCACGAGUUUCCGGUCCUCUCGGCCCAGCUCUGGCAGCGUGGCCACUGGGAGCAGUGGGGAUGUCGAUGCUGCUGAUCUCGAUGCUCUGACACCUGCUGCCCCCGCCGCUUCUGCUUCUUCCUCUCCUGUUACUGCUGCUGCGUCUGCUGCUACUGCUGCUGCUGGGAGUGUUGGGGCUGGAGCUGCUUUUAACACUGCGACUGCUGCCGCUGCUGCACCACCUUACAGCCUCAUGGAUGCUGCACCUGCCAACCCAGCAGGCCUGGCGGGCCAACGCAUGGGGGUCGGCUCGGGGGCAAUGCUGGGCACGUCUUGGGAUGACUCCAGUACAGCAGCUCCGGCCCUCCGAACCUCCGCCCCGGGUCUGGCAAGCAUGAGAGGCAGCAGGUCCGGAGGCAGCUACGAGCCUGCAGCAGCUGCGGCAGUGGCAGCAUUGGAAGAAGAGCGCCUCACUACCAGCACCUCUAGAGGCGAUGGCACUCCUGCAAGUGGGCAAUACCACCCGCUGCUGGGCUCUCUGCCUGAGCAGCAGACGCCUGCUGCUUCUGUGAUUGUCCGGGCACGGGGCCUGCUCUUACUGGCGGGGGUGCGCGUGCUUCUGGCAGAGGACAACAUGGUCAACCAGCGCGUGGCCAAGCACGCUCUCACCAAGGUGGGCGCGACGGUGGAGAUUGCUGGUAACGGACAGCUGGCGCUCACUGCCAUUGAGGAGCGGGCGGCGUCGUUCGACGUCAUUCUGAUGGAUAUUCAGGUGAUGGGAGGGUGUGGGUGA